AGAACUGUUCGCUCGCUCGUUUAAGGAACAUUACCGCACGUCAUGGCGGGAGUAAACACAUCACUCGCGGGCAGUACACUUGCUGCUGUACUAGGGAGCUGAGUGACGGGGCAAUAAGGCGCCUUACUGAAGUCUUAGUGGCAUUUUUAUCGCGUUUCUUCUCUUCGCUCGGGAACAGUUCACACGUGGAUCCGUUUAUAGUAACAGCAGACUACUACUACUACCACCAGCACCUCAGCUCAUGGUCCAGUGGUGCUGCCGGGGGGAGGGAGAGAAACCGAGAACGUUCCCGCGCUUCAGAGUCUAACUGACCUCCGCUAUGGCCGGGGGAAACGAGGAGCUGAGAAAUGGGGUAUCCAACGGCAUGGACGAUUUGGAAGAGUACCUCCAUAGACUGUGCUCCGAGGUGACGCUGUGGAGCACUAAGGAGGGGUUCUUCAGCCACUUCGUCGAGCAGAUCAGCGCACAUGUGUCAGAACAGUUCCUCGAAAAGUUUGGGAAGAUGAAGGAUGAUGACGAACGGUUUAGGAAGAUAUGGGAAGUCAAGCCCAUCCACACACUCAAGGUGACGAGCUUCUUCAAACAAAAGAGUCGCGAAGUGUCGGAGAAGCGGCGAAAUGACGGUAACAAGGCUUUCCAGGACAAGAAGUACCAGCAGGCCCUCAUCGCUUACUCGCAGGCUGUUAUGCGCGCGCCCCACCAUGACGGGGACACGUAUUCCCUGGCGCUGGCUAACAGAUCCGCAGUGCUGUACCACCUGGAGCAGUACCGCCACUGCCUCACCGACAUAGACCUGGCACUGAAGGCCGACUACCCUCCCUCGCUGACCUACAAGGUGUUAGAUCGCCGCGGCCAGUGUCUCCUGAAGCUGCGUCAGUACAGAGCAGCCUUCGAGGCGUUCAAGGAGGCUGCCCAGGCCCUCUCCGCCGCAGACCUCAACGAGAAGAAACUGACGGUGUGGGAAAAGGAUCUGGGGAAGAAGAUUGAUAUGUGUCACGGGAAGGAAGAUGAAAAUGAAGAGAAGAGUACGUCGCAGAGUCCCUCAGCUAACCUCUUCUGUGGCCCCAGUCGUGUCCUGCCCAACGCCUCCUCAGUUGUGACGCUUCAAGAGUCCAAAGAUGAAGGUCGGUACGCGGUGGUGAACAGGAGGGUCCCCACAGGCCAGGUGCUGAUGGCUGAACGCCCCUAUGCCUCCGUGCUGAUGGAAAACAAGAGUGGCUUUCAUUGCACCCAUUGCUACCUCAGGUUAGUCGCUCCAGUACCCUGUGAGUGGUGCUGCGGCGUCGCCUUCUGCAGUCCAAAAUGUCGAGACCUCGCCGUUAGUUCGUAUCACCGGUGGGAAUGUCGCUUCCUGGACCUUAUGAUAGGCUCCGGCGUGUCCCUCAACGUGUCCUUGGCCCUUCGAGUCGCCGCGCAGCACGACCUUCUCUUCUUCCAAAAGCUGCAGGACCGCCUCUCGCAGCCCGCCGUCCUUCCCUCCACCACGUCGCCGCACCGCCCGGAGGAUUACCUCAGCUUCUACCACAUGGCGGGCCUCGAGGAACACCGCUCCGGCAGGGACUUCUUCCACCGCGCCCUCAUCGCCGCCUUCCUGCUUAAGAUCCUGCAGAGGGCGCACUACUUCGGCAAAUGGGACGAUGAAGGACCCCCCGACAAGCCCCUGACGGAGGACGAGGCGUUGUUGGGUCGCCUCCUGCUGCGCCACCUUCAGGUCUCCCAGUUCAACGCUCAUGAGCUCCACUCCCCCCUUGUCCCCCUCGCUCCCUGUAACCCACACUCACAGAUCAGCGGAAUGACCUUCAUGAGUGGUGAAAAUAACUACGUGGCCACCAAAAGCGUGUUCCUCGGCCUGGCAGUGUACCCAACCGUCGCCUUCUGCAACCACUCCUGCUUCCCCGCCGUCGCGAGGUUCUUCGAUGGAGACAAGAUGGUGAUAGUGAACCUGCGGCCCCUCUCUCCCGGGGACGCUGUAGCGGAGAACUACGGGCCGAUCUUCACUCACAUGCCACGCCAGGAGAGACAACGCAAGCUGCUGUCCCGAUACUGGUUCAGGUGUCGGUGUGAGGCGUGCGAGCAAGACUGGCCGAUGUAUGAAAUGAUGCCGGAAAGAAGGAUGCUGCGCUGCCAGACUUGCGGCACCGCUCUUCCAGUCAGGACAGGGAACAAGUCACACGUCAAAUGUACACAGUGUGGCUCCUCAACCAACGCCGUGGACGCCUGCAAAGCCCUGGACAAGGCACAGAAGGUGUUCGAUUCAGCCCGCGAGUACAUGGACGAGGGGCGGCGCGAGGAGGCCAUACGUGACUUCAAUAGGUACGUGGACACUGUGAGCGGCCUGGUGGUGCCUCCCCAUAAGGAACUCCACCUGGCCAUGCAAUCCCUGCGACACCUGGUGGCUUGCCGCGGCACUAUCGUCACCGCCCCUGCUAAAAAAUAAUAGAGAAUAAUAGAUAAGUGAAAUAAUUACUGUAGUAGGAGUGUAGAAGCAGUAGGUGUAGUUUAGUGGUAUUAGUUGUUAUUGUUGUAGUAGUAGUCGUAAUAGUAGUAGUAGUAAUGUUCAAAUAAAAGAAUAUAUUGGUUCUAUUCA